AUGCGGCGCACAGUGCAUGCAGCAGCAGCAGCUGCUGCUGCUGCAACCCUCGAUAUGGAGGCAGUGCAGCGCUCGUUAGCUGCUGCUGCUUGGCGUCAAGGAGACUUAGGUGCUCAUUUACAGGGAGUAGUGGAGGAGGAGGAUGAAGAUGAUGGUGAUACUAAGGAUUCUUCACCUAAUGAUCCUCAACAUCAGCAGCAGCAGCAGCAAGCAGCAGCAGCAGCAACAGAAACAGCAGCAGCACAAGGACCUAUUGCCCAUCAGUCUUGCCUAGUAAGGGCUAUCUUUGGCUCUUAUUCACAUAAGGGUUUAAUGCAUGAUAACGAAGACAGGGUAAGUGUUAGUGUAUGGGGUCAUGGUACAGCGCAGCAGGGGCAGCAGGAGCUGCAGCAGCUGCAGCAGCAGCAGCAGAGACGACAAGAAGCAGGAGAUGCAGCAACAAAAGCAGCAACAGUUGCACAAAGAAGUAUCAGCAGCCCAGAGACUUGUCGUCCAGCAACAGCAGCAGCAGCAACAGCAGCAGAUGCAGCAGCAGAGAGGAAGAUUCUCCAAGUUGCUGCUGGUGCUCGUGGUAUAGGUUAUGAGUUUAGAGGUGAUGGAUCUGCUGCAGCAGCAGGUGCUGCAGCAGCAGCAGCAACAGCAGCAGCAGCAGAACGUGCAGCAGCAGCGGUAGCAGCAGAACGUGCAGCAGAAGCAGCAGCAGCAGCAGAUGCUACUCUCUGUUAUGGGCAUAAGUGCCAAUUACCCCCUAUAGUAGCAGCAGGGAUACGCAUAGGACUACAGGGAGGAUUUACUAGUGAAUUGGAUGCAGUACAGGAGGCAGCAGCAGCAGCAGCAGCAGCAGCAGAUGGUGGUACAGGUGCAGCAGCUGCAGCAGCAGCAAUAGAUGCAGCAAUUGAAUAUCUUAUAGAAGCACCACCUGCACCACCAUGGUCAGAUGCAACAGCAGCAGCAGCAGAGCAGCAGCAGCAGCAACAGCAGCAAGGAAGAUGGACACCUUUAUCUGUAUUAAGAAGAAAGAAAGUAAGACCUGCUGCUGUUGAGGGUACAGCUGUAUCUGUAUGUUGGGAACCUGCAGCAGACACAACAACAGCAACAGCAGCAGCAACAGCAGCAGCAGCAGCAGCAACAGCAGCAGCAACAGCAGCAGCAACAGGAGGAGCAAGAUCAUCAUCGUUUACUCGUCUCCAUUCAUCAAUAACAUCAUCAACAACAACAACAACAACAACAACAACAACAACAACAGCACCUGCUGCUGCUGCUGUUCGUCCUCAAUCAUCAACAGGAGCACCAGCAGCAGCAGGAGCAGCAGCAGCAGCAGCAGGAGGUGUUGGAGUUCGUCCUCAAUCAUCAACAUGUAUAGCAUCAGCUGGAGCACAUGCAGCAACACAUGGUGGUUCUGCUUCUGGGUCUGUUUCCUCGUCUGUUGGGGGUGUAGCAUCAGAAGCAGAUUUGCUGCUGCAGCAGGAGCAGCAGCAGCAAGAAGAAGCAGCAACAGGAACAAUAGGCCUAUGGGAUUACAAAGAAUAUCCCUUUAGACCAAUAACAGGAGAUCAGAGUAACCCAGGUGCACCAGGAACAUUAUCUGAUUUGCUGCUGCAGCAGCAGCAGCAGCAGCAGCAGCAGCACGGUACUACAGAUUGCCCAUUUGGUAGCAGCAGCAGCAGCAAACUUCCAAAGGGAAAGUUCGGCUCAUGCUGCAGCAGCAACGUAAGCAGCGGCACAACAAUGCCUGUUAGUCGUUCAGCUCCAGCGCUGCAGCAACAGCAACAGCAGCAGCAGCAGCAGCAGCAACGAGGUAAGAAUAGCCGCAGCAGCAGCAGCAGCAACUUAAAACGGGAGCAUUCUUUCUUUGGACUUGACUCUCUUGAAUCAGGACAGUCUGGUAGUCGUUGGCUGCAGAUUCCCUCACAGCAGCAGCAGCAGCAGCAACAGCAGCAGCAACAGCAGCAGCAGCAGCAACAGCAGCAAUUGCAGCAGCAGCAGCAGCAGAAGAUUAUAGGUCUAACAACAGGAACAAGAGGAAGUGCCUCUGAGCUGCUGUCAGGUAUCAGCAGCAGCAGCAGCAUCAGCAGCCACAGCAGCAGCAGAUUAUCUCUUUGUCUUGUCCCUAGUAUAACCAAGAUGCCUCAUUCAGAUAGUACAUCCUCUGUAGGUACAUAUAGCAGCAGCAGCAGUAGCAGCAGCAGCAGCAGCAGCAGCAGCUGGAGCAGCGGCAGCAGCAUCAGCUUCCAAUGGCUAUCAAGGCAACUUCGCUGCGGAUGUCCAUCAGAAGAUAAACGAAUCAGGGCAUUAGGAGUGAGUAUAAUAAAUAAUAAGAUGGCUGGUCAAUUGGAGCCAACUCGUUCAAUUGGUGACUUUGAUGUAAAAGAUCGUCUUCCUCCUCGUGCCCUAUCUAUAGAACCAGAGGUCUCUAUUUAUAACCUUUCUUCCCUUUUCUCCUCUCUUCCUGCUGCUGCUGCUGCUGCUAGUGGUUCUGGUGGUGGUGCUGCUGCUGCUG